AUGGAGGCUCUCAGACUAGAAGCUCGAGCAUUAGGGUCCCACUCAGGGGGUUCCACCCCGCUCAAGGCCCUUCUCCCUGGGGCAGAGGGCCUCGUCCUUCCCCCUGGAGAUCCAGAGCUGUGCCGGGAGCAUGGAGAGACGUUUACCUUGUUCUGUGUGGAUGACCUGGAGCCAGUGUGCAGUCAGUGCGGACUGACUGAGACCCACGAGGGGCACAGAGUCUACCCCAUAACGGAGGCUGUACCUGACUGUAAGGGGGAGCUGAACUCUUCACUGGGGAAGCUGCUCGGGAAGAGCAGGAGGUUUGAGAAGGUUACGCGGAUCUUUGAACACGCCUCCCAACACAACCAGAGCCAUGCCCAGCAGACAGAGAGACAGAUAAAGGAGGAGUUUGAGAAGCUGCACCAGUUCCUGAGAGAGGAGGAGGAGGCCAGGCUAGCCAGGCUGAGGGAGGAAGAGGAGGAGAGGAAUAGAGUGAUGAAGGAGAAGAGAGAGAGAGUGGGAAAAGAGAUGAAGCUGCUGGCUAAAACCAUCCGAGAGAUCGAGGAAGAGAUGAAGGAAGACAGGGAUGACAUCGCCUUUCUGCAGAAUUACCAGGAGACAGUAAAGAGGACGUGGCAGAGUCAUGGCGAGCCAGAGGAGGUGUGUGGUCCUCUGAUAGUCGUAUCUAAACACCUGACCAACCUCCGUUACUCCAUCUGGAACGACAUGCUGCACAUAACCCCUUACAUAACCCUGGACCCGACCACGUCCUGUCCCCCUCUUCCCCCAACCCCUCCCUUUCAGCUCCACUCCAGUAACCCUGGACCCGACCACGUCCUGUCCCCCUCUUCCCCCAACCCUCCCUUUCAGCUCCACUCCAGUAACCCUGGACCCGACCACGUCCUGUCCCCCUCUUCCCCCAACCCCUCCCUUUCAGCUCCAGUAACCCUGGACCCGACCACGCCUGCCCCCCUCUUCCCCCAACCCCUCCCUUUCAGCUCCAGUAACCCUGGACCCGACCACGUCCUGUCCCCCUCUUCCCCCAACCCCUCCCUUUCAGCUCCAGUAACCCUGGACCAGACCACCUGUCCCCCUCUUCCCCCAACUCCUCCCUUUCAGCUCCACUCCAGUAACCCUGGACCCGACCACGUCCUGCCCCCUCUUCCCCCAACCCCUCCCUUUCAGCUCCACUCCAGUAACCCUGGACCCACCACGAUCCUGUCCAUCUCUGGUCCUCUCCCUUUAACCUCUGUCCAGCUGGGAAAGGAGAGGAUCCAGAUCCAGCCUGCUAACCCGGAGAGAUUUGACCCGAUCGACUGCGCUCUGGGCUGGGAAGGAUUCAGCACCGGCACCCACUGCUGGACCGUGGAGGUUGGAGAGAGCAGCAACUGGACAGUUGGAGUGGCCAGCCAAUCUGUGCGUAGGAGGGAGGAGUUUGAGGCGUGUCCGGAGGAGGGGCUAUGGACCCUCAGCCUACGGAAUGGGACGUACCGUGCCAUGACCACACCGUGUACCACCCUCCCUCUGGACUGGUCCCGCCCCUUUCACAGGAUCAAGGUGUUUCUGGACUGGGAGGAGGGUCAGGUGGAAUUCUGGGAUGCGAUGAGGGACAAACUCCUGUUCACCUUCACGCACCGCUUCACAGAGACGCUGUAUCCGUACUUCCAGAGCAGCUGUUCUAAGUGCUGGCUAGUGGUGUUACCCCAGAGAGUGUGUGUGGAGGUAGAGCUAGAUCCUAUCCCUGGAGAUGACGAUGGAGACCAGAUCCCACACGACGGAUCAUCCAAUGAGGGAGAGGAUACCGAGACUAGAUCCACUGACUACAGCAAGCUGACAGAAACUGGAUCCCCUGUCGGAGCCCAGAUCCCAAUGACCGGAUCUCCCAAAAUCUCAACCACUGACCAGAACCAAGAGACAAGAUCCCCUGACAAAAUGUCAAACACCGGAUCCGCUCAAAGGAUGGGCCGGAUCCCAAAGACUAAAUCCACCGGAAAGGGAAAGAUCCAACAGACUGGAUUCGCUGUUCAGAAGCAGAUCAAAAACACCAGAUCCAAUGGAAGCUACCACGUCACGAAGGAUAGGCCACUAGUCCAGGUCAGGAGGACAGGAUCCACUGAGAGAUCCACCGAGAGAUCCACUGAGAGAUCCACCGAGAGAUCCACAAGCAACAACACAGAGAUCAAGUUGCGCUGCAGCUCAGCCCAGAUCAUCCAACACACAAGAGAUCGCCCAACACAGACUGGAUCUCCUACCUCCACAGACUAGAUUCCCUACCUCCACAGACUAGAUCCCCUACCUCCACAGACUAGAUCCCCUACCUCCACAGACUAGAUCCCCUACCUCCACAGACUAGAUCCCCUACCUCCACAGACUAGAUCCCCUACCUCCAUAGACUAGAUCUCCUACCUCCAUGUGUAUUAUAGUGGAGGUAAUGUUGUAAUACACAGUGUAUUAUAGUGGAGGUAAUGUUGUAAUACACAGUGUAUUAUAGUGGAGGUAAUGUUGUAACACACAGUGUAUUAUAGUGGAGGUAAUGUUGUAACACACAGUGUAUUAUAGUGGAGGUAAUGUAAUACACAGUGUAUUAUAGUGGAGGUAAUGUUGUAAUACACAGUGUAUUAUAGUGGAGGUAAUGUUGUAACACACAGUGUAUUAUAGUGGAGGUAAUGUAAUACACAGUGUAUCAUAGUGGAGGUAAUGUUGUAAUACACAGUGUAUUAUAGUGGAGGUAAUGUUGUAAUACACAGUGUAUUAUAGUGGAGGUAAUGUUGUAAUACACAGUGUAUUAUAGUGGAGGUAAUGUUGUAAUACACAGUGUAUCAUAGUGGAGGUAAUGUUGUAAUACACAGUGUAUUAUAGUGGAGGUAAUGGUGUAAUACACAGUGUAUCAUAGUGGAGGUAAUGUUGUAAUACACAGUGUAUUAUAGUGGAGGUAAUGUUGUAAUACAUAGUGUAUUAUAGUGGAGGUAAUGUUGUAAUACACAGUGUAUCAUAGUGGAGGUAAUGUUGUAAUACACAGUGUAUCAUAGUGGAGGUAAUGUUGUACUGCACAGUGUAUUAUAGUGGAGGUAAUGUUGUAAUACACAGUGUAUUAUAUUGGAGGUAAUGUUGUAAUACACAGUGUAUUAUAGUGGAGGUAAUGUAAUACACAGUGUAUUAUAGUGGAGGUAAUGUUGUAAUACACAGUGUAUUAUAGUGGAGGUAAUGUUGUAAUACGAAGUGUAUUAUAGUGGAGGUAAUGUUGUAAUACACAGUGUAUCAUAGUGGAGGUAAUGUUGUAAUACACAGUGUAUCAUAGUGGAGGUAAUGUUGUAAUACGCAGUGUAUUAUAGUGGAGGUAAUGUUGUAAUACACAGUGUAUUAUAGUGGAGGUAAUGUAAUACACAGUGUAUCAUAGUGGAGGUAAUGUUGUAAUGCACAGUGUAUCAUAGUGGAGAUAGUGUUGUAAUACGCAGUGUAUUAUAGUGGAGGUAAUGUAAUACACAGUGUAUCAUAGUGGAGGUAAUGUUGUAAUACACAGUGUAUUAUAGUGGAGGUAAUGUUGUAAUACACAGUGUAUUAUAGUGGAGGUAAUGUUGUAAUACACAGUGUAUUAUAGUAGUGGUACUGUAAUACACAGUGUAUUAUAGUGGAGGUAAUGUUGUAAUACACAGUGUAUUAUAGUGGAGGUAAUGUUGUAAUACACAGUGUAUCAUAGUGGAGGUAAUGUUGUAAUACACAGUGUAUUAUAGUGGAGGUAAUGUUGUAAUACACAGUGUAUUAUAGUGGAGGUAAUGUUGUAAUACACAGUGUAUUAUAGUAGUGGUACUGUUGUAAUACACAGUGUAUUAUAGUGGAGGUAAUGUUGUACUGCACAGUGUAUUAUAGUGGGGGUAAUGUUGUAAUACACAGUGUAUCAUAGUGGAGGUAAUGAAGCAUCUGUUCUCCCAGUGUAAUGUGUUUUGAAUAAAGAACAAAUAAAGAAUGA